AUUUCCUGAGUUCCAGUAAUUUACGGAAAUGGGCCACAAUUUCAGAAGUCACAAAUGCGGGGUUUCGUCCUAGCAGUUCAUGCCGUACUCAGCCAACCAGCCAGCACACCUGAUAGUGAGUACGAUUUCCAAUGCCAUACUGCUCCUGGGAUCAGGUGCGGCGGCAAGUCCGAAAUGUUCGAGCUUCCAUUCAAUCUCAGGCUGCUCCAUCAGCGCUUAUUACUAUCAAAGAUUACCGGUUUGAUUCCGCACACAAUCGCCUCUUUUUCCUAUCCAACGAUGUCAGUAGUACGAUUCCAACCAUGGGACAUUUACGCCUGUAUUCAGUGGAUCUGCAAAAUCUUGAUGAGAGCCCAUUAGACGACGCAGAACAAUAUCGGGCAUUGCCUUGGAACAACGUCUUCUCCGACCUUUCUGCUGAUCCGGACGUAAAUAGCCGUACCGUAUAUUGGGAUACGGCGUCGAUCAAUCCCUUCCGUAUGCAUGGUAUCACCUCCUACCUCAUCCAUGACACUAAAGUCCUUCUUUGUUGCUCUGGCACGGCCCUAUUAGGUGAAAUUGGCAAAGAUUCAAAACUUCGCCCCCUUAGUAGCAUCCCAAGUUCGGUUUUAAUGAUGUCCAGAAGCAUGGAGAGUCCGGCAUCUCCUAUAUUGAGACAACAUCCUCCCAUCAACUCAUACAAUCAUGGUGAUCAUAACACCAAGAAACAGCAAGAUAACAAUACCAGAUAUGACAUCAAAUUUGGAGGUCAACAUGGUGAUGCCAUAGCAUUUAUUCGUGGUCGAGAUAUCUGGGUGUCCGACUUUUAUGGCAAUGAAUGUCAGCUAACACAUUGUGCAACAAGCGAAGAUCCGACGCUAAUGUGUGGUGUAGCAGAAUUUGUGAUGCAGGAGGAGUUCCAUCGGUUCUCGGCAUAUCAUUGGUGUCCACCCAUUGACUCCAGCUUUGAAAGUAUACUGUAUUUGGAAACUUCUGAGCUGGAGGUUGACAUCUGCCUCAUCCCAAAGUCAACAGGAUUGCCAUUAACGUCAAUGUCUCCAGGGAUUAAAGAUGGAGAAUUGGAUCAAUUUCGCUAUCCAAGAACAGGAUCCAAAAAUGCAAAAAGCGAUAUUUGUAUUGUUGAGUUCGAUAGUACGGUUUAUGGUACACCACAACGGAUGAUUACAAAAAGAAUAUCAAAUCAGACAUUGCUGCAAGCAUUUCCUUGGAUGGAGUAUAUUGCACGAUUUGGUUGGAUGCCGGACGGCAAAAGCAUUUGGGUUCAAUUGCUAUCCCGACUUCAGAAGCACAUGGCUCUGGUCCGAAUCCCCGUCUCUCAAUUUCAGUUGGACCCCAUUGGCAAGUCACCUGGAGAUGAUUGGCUGUUAGAUGUUGCGGAAAUUUUGCUAGAGGAGCACAACACUUUGUGGAUUAAUGUCUGCGACAUAUUCAAAUUUAUUGAUACCCCUGAUACCAAGCAUAGACAGCAGCGUGGCCGACGACGGAAGGAUACAGAGACUCAAUUCAUUUGGUCGUCGGAAAAAACGGGAUACCGACAUAUAUAUUUGAUAACGAAAUAUGUUGAUGAAGAAAAGCCGCACAUGCACGCUAUCACGUCAGGCGAUUGGUGUGUACUGGAUAAGCAGAUAAGUGUGGACGAGCGGCGGAAGCUGAUAUAUUUCAUGGCAAAGAAGGACACUCCACUAGAAUCGCAUCUAUAUGUUGCAUCAUAUCAUAACGACCACCUAUCAAAUCAAGGCAGUCCUAUUGCUCGACUGACCGAACUUGGCUUCAGCCACAAUAUAACCAUGGAAGAUGAUUGUUGUCGAUUUGUUGACACAUACUCCAGCAUGAAAACUGCACCCGUAAAUAUCAUACGGUAUAUAUCACAUACAAGUAACGAUAUAUUACCGACAGUCAAGGUUGGAGGCUACAGCCUUCAACCAUGUUUGUCUCGCCCUUUGGAAGAUGAAGGCUCAAGUCCUAACGCAAUAAGAAGUUUUCAAGACACCACUUCAUUUAUGGAAUCCGGACCCAAAGUUGGGCAUUGUCCGCCAAGGUCAGCAAACUUAGAUAUGCUUCCCGACGAUAACAGUCAAGGAUUCCCCGCGAUUGUUGGAGAACUCCCUAUAGGUCAGAUAUUUAACUUUAUCAACUCCGAAGGUGUCACCAUUUAUGGAUGCCUUUACAAGCCGCAUAACUACGUACCCGGUACCAAAUACCCAACGCUUCUGAGCGUCUAUGGUGGCCCUAAAUCACAGCUGGUUAGCAAUGACUAUAAAUUCCCAAGGUUGAUGCGACAGUUCAUGACUGUCCAGUUCGGUUUUGCCGUUCUGAUAGUGGACGGGCGGGGCUCGUCCGAUCGCGGGCUGGAAUUCGAAUCUUAUAUAUACAGGCGAUUAGGCACAGUGGAACUUAACGAUCAGCUAGAGGCUAUCGACUAUGUAGCCCGUGAGAAAAUUGGAGCGCAACCAACCCCCGCCGGAGAACUAGCCAGCGUCAUUGAUAUCAAUCGAGUUGCAAUCAAUGGCUGGUCCUAUGGUGGCUAUUUAUCGUUAAUGGGACUUGCACAGUUCCCUGAAAUAUUCAAGCUUGCCAUAGCAGGGGCUCCAGUGACACGAUGGGAAUUGUACGACUCUGCCUAUACUGAGCGAUACUUGGGUCACAUCGAAGAGAACCCGGAGGGCUAUCGUCGAGGCAGCGUUAUGAACUAUGUCUUCAAGUUCCCUGAAAAGGCUAAUCGACUACUGAUUGUACAUGGCCUUAUCGACGAAAAUGUUCAUUUCCAAAACACUGAGGAGCUGGUAACCGCUUUGAACGAACAAGAAAAACCACAUCAAUUACAAGUAUAUCCAUCCGAGCGACACGGACUUCGACACGCAAGUGUAAAUGAGCAUUAUGAGACGCUGAUGUUCUUUUGGCUGAUCAAUUAUCUCUGACUCACCUAAUUUUUUUAAUUAAAACGGCUGCAUCACAACCAAUUUUUUCGAAUUUCUAAAGAAAUCCU